ACCGCCACCGCUGCAACUGCUCGAACUCGAACUCGGUCGGUGCUGCAACUUCUGGCUGCUGCUUCCCUGUGGGCUGUGGGUUGUUCGAAUCCAAUCAAAGAAUCCCUAAAAAUCGAAAUUUUUGAUUUUGUUUAAGGUAAAAGUCUAUAGAGUUCAGUUAUACGAGACAGCAAAAUAGUACCAAUAUGAAUCCUCGAUGUGUGAAGUGCGGCCAAGGAGUUGAAAAGCUCUACAUUCAAUAUUCGCCAGGAAACAUCCGACUGUUGAAAUGCAGCAACUGCAAGUCAGUUGCUGACGAGUACAUAGAGUGUGAGGUUAUGAUUCUCAUAAUUGAUCUGAUCCUUCACAAGCCCCCGGCUUACAGACACUUGCUCUUCAACUUGCUCCGCGACAAAGUUCAAAAUUUUGACGCCUUGUUAUUCAAGCUGUCCAUUAUCUUCCUCGCCCUUGAUGCUUACAAGUUGUGGAUUUUGAAUGGGAUCUCAGUUGAACAGUCGAUUAUGAUCAUGGGUUUGAAAACUUUCGGGUGUGCUCUUUUAGGAAAUGUGGUGUUCUUUUGUGUGCUUUUGGUUUUACCAAGGAGGUUUUUGACUUUUGUAGAUGAUUUUUCUGGGUAUAGAGAUGUGCUGCUCGUAGUGAUUGUCUCGAGCUACUUAAAGCUUUAUAUGUUGUCCAUGUUAGUAUGGGAAUUGCCUGCAUCAGUGGUUUAUAUCAUUGAUUUGUUUGUUAUGUCGUCAAAUAUGGUGGCUUUGCGGGCGAUAACGGAAUCCCCUUUCAGGAGAUGUUUCGGGUUAUGUUUUGGUGUUCAUGCCUUGAAGUUUUUUGUGAACUGGUUGCUGAAAUAGUUGUAAUGUUGAUGUUGUUCAAGCUUUUAUAGUUUUCUUUACUUGAAAGAUAUUAUAGAUCACUAUUUGUGGUUAUUGAAAUUGUCUUGAGGGAGUUUUACAUUUUUGUGUGACCUGAUGAACUAUAUGAUGCCUUUUUAAUCUAAA